CUUCAUUCUUUCGUGUGCAACUCUGCCUCUGCGAUUCUCCCUCUCUCCCUCUGCAACUCUGCUUUUAACUCUGCUUUUAACUCUGCUUUUAACUCUGCUUUUAUCCCUUUACGUUUUCAACCACAGAGACGUAUUUCUUCUUUCUUUUUCAUCCACUGACCCGAUGCACCAAUUUGCAACUUUUCUGAUUUUCGGGCGCUGCCACGCAAUCAAAACGCUUCCUUUCUCCACCCACCGCAUGAUCAUGGGCAUGGCGGAUACCAUCUGUACCCAUCUCCACCAAAGCAAUGGCAGUGUUGAAAAUUCAUUAUCUAAGGUUAAGCCUAAACUGGAUGCCUAAACUGGAUUCUCAAUGUGUCAUUGAAGUCCCAAACAACCUUUAUAGGGAGUUAGAUUUUUCGUUUGGGCUGGAUUUCAAUCUGGCUACAGGCAUAGUGCUUACACGUACAACAAAGCUUGUAAAUUGCUAGGGAUUCAACAAAAUCCUCAAAUUAUUCGAGAUGUCGUUAUGUCUUACGAGAGAGAAAGGUGUUUAGUCAAUGUUAACAUGUUCAGGGAGAUUCUGAAGCUGUGCAAAGAAGCCCAACUAGCUGACGUGGCAUUGUGGGUGUUGAGGAAGAUGGAGCAGAGUUUAAAAAUCGGUGCUGACACUGUGAUAUAUAAUGUGGCUAUUAGGCUGUGUUGCAAGAAUGGCGACGUUGAAAUGGCUGAGAAGUUGACCGAGGAGAUGAGUUUGAAAGGUAUUUAUCCUGAUCUUAUUACUUACAUGACAAUAAUAGAAGGAUUAUGUGAUGCGGGUCGCCCAGAACAUGCUUAUUCUUUGCUUAAAGUUAUGAGAGUGCAUAGAUGUUCGCCCAAUCUGGUCCUUUUAUCAGCCAUUGUAGACGGUUUGUGUAGGUCUGGGUCUAUGGAAAUGGCAUUGGAGUUGUUGGAUGAAAUGGAGAAAGGUGGGGAUUGCAGUCCAAGUGUUGUUACUUAUACCUCCGGGAUUCAAAGUUUCUGUAAGGGAGGUAAGUGGGCGGAAGCAUUGGAUAUUUUGGAUAGAAUGAAAGCUUCGGGGUGCCAUGCAAAUCAUGUUACUGUUUUUACUUUGGUUGAUAGCCUUUGUGUUGAGGAUCGUGUAGAAGAAGCUUACAAGUUGAUUGAUAAGUUUGUGGUGGAACAUGGUGUUUCUUAUGGUGAUUGUUGCAGUUCACUUGUGAUUUCAUUGAUAAGGAUUAAAAAGCUGGACGAAGCAAUGAAGCUCUUCAUGGAAAUGCUUUCUGGUGAUGCCAAACAUGAUACUUUGGCAUCUAGACUUAUGCUAAAGGAGCUAUGUAUGAAGGAAAAGAUAUUGGAUGGAUUCUACUUGCUUGAAGCAAUUGAGAACAAGGGAUGUUUGUCUGCCAUUGACUCUAGUAUUUAUUCUAUUCUUUUAUUUGGCCUUUGUCAAAGAAGGCACCUGGCAGAGGCCACAAAGUUGGCCAAGAUAAUGCUUAAGAAAUCAGUUCCGCUGCAACCUCCGUACAAAGAUCGGGCAAUUGAUAUCCUAAUAGAAUCUGGCGAAACAGAUCUUGUGAACCAGUUGACUGGCAUUCGUAGGGAACUUUGAUGAUAAAAUGCCUUAUGAAGGAGGUCACGUCCAUUGUUCUCUGCUGCCUCUGGUCAUAUCAUAAGUUUGCAUUGUACAACAACAACAGUAAGAAUUGGUUUCCGUGAUGUAGUAUGGUGGUACUUUGUUUAUUUCUUCCCCUUGUUAAUGAUCAGGGGAGGGUUGCUAAUGAUGUUGAGACAGAGCAGAUUCUCCU